CGGCCUCCAUGCGUCGCUCCCAUAGAAUGUCGCUCCCCCAAGUACCUCCGCAGACACUGAGGAGACUUUCGUUUUUUCAGAACAGCAUCACAGAUCUGAGGAGUGAAGCGGUCAGGCGGAGAGUGGAUUUACUUCUCAUCCCAGGUCCCAACGUAAAGAAACACCCGGGCUGUUGGGUGCUUUAGAGAUAAAACAUUAAAUAGGCUAUGUUCAUAUAAGGAAUUAGUCACUUUUAUAUGAGCUUCCCAUCGUUGUCAGUGUCCAUCACAAUGCAGUUACUUUUACUUACAGCGGCGUUCGUCUUUACGCACGACCUCGCCGGAGCUGUGCGCACUGACAAGUGCGCCCCCCAGUGCGACGCGAGCUUGUGCCCGAGUCCUAGUUGCCCCGGCGGGUACAUCACGGACCGGUGCAACUGCUGCCUGGUGUGUUCACCGCGCGAGGGAGACCCCUGCGGCCGCAAAAACGACCUGCCCUGCGGAGAUGGCUUGGAGUGCAAGCAUCUCGCUGCGGGCAGUCGGAGGGGCACCAGGGGGGUCUGCCGGUGUAAGAUGGAGCACGAAGUGUGCGGAAGCGACGGGAGGACGUACGGUAAUGUGUGUAAGAUGAGGGCAGCCGGCCGCAAAGCGCAGCAGAAGGGGAGAGCAGAAGUCAAGCAAGCGCACAAAGGACCAUGCUCACGUUUAGGCGCAGGUUCGUCCCUUCUCCAUCCCAGCAGCCUUCGCUACAAGUUCAACUUCAUCGCCGACGUGGUGGAGAAAAUAGCCCCGGCUGUUGUCCACAUUGAGCUGUUUGUAAGACAUCCUCUGUUUGGUCGCCACAUGCAUCUCUCCAGUGGCUCUGGGUUUGUUGUGACCCACUCAGGCGUGAUCGUGACCAACGCCCAUGUGGUGACCACAGCUGCCGUGGUGACAGGGAGCCCCCAGCUGCGCGUUCAGCUCCAUGAUGGCAACGCAUACGAGGCCGUGGUCAGAGAUAUAGACAGGAAGGCAGACAUCGCCACGAUCAAGGUCAACCCUCAGAAGAGGCUUCCUGUGCUGUCUCUGGGCCGCUCAGCUGAUCUGAGGCCGGGGGAGUUUGUGGUUGCCAUCGGCAGCCCCUUCGCUCUGCAGAACACCGUCACCACCGGCAUCGUCAGCACAGCACAGCGGGACGGCAAGGAGCUGGGCAUCAAAGACUCAGACAUGGGCUACAUCCAGACUGAUGCUAUUAUCAAUUACGGCAAUUCUGGAGGACCUCUAGUCAACCUGGAUGGGGAGGUGAUAGGCAUCAACACUCUGAAAGUGGCAGCGGGGAUUUCCUUCGCUAUACCCUCAGACAGGAUCAGCCGCUUCCUCACAGAGUCACAAACAGAACACAGCAAAGGUCGGGGGUCAACGCUUGAGCAACCAAAAGGCAAAAACAAACAAUUUAAAGAAAAGACACGACUGCAGAGAAGACUCACAGAGGAGCCUCUGUCUGAUGCAGAUGUAAAGAGGCGUUUUUUAGGCAUCAGGAUGCUCACAAUCACGAAAGAUCUCAUAGCCGAGUUAAAACGUCAAUACCCAGACUUUGCUGACCUCAGCAGUGGAGUGUUGGUGCAACAGGUCAUACCUAACACCGCAGCUGAAAAUGGAGGGAUAAAAGAAGGGGAUGUCAUUGUGAAGAUUAACGGACAGCAAGUCGAGACCACAGAGGAUGUUCAUGAAGUGUUGCAAGGUGACCAGACUCUCCUGUUGGAGAUCCGCAGGGGCAACGACGACUUACUGUUCAACAUCCACCCACAGGUUAUUGUGCAUUGAACAGUAAGACUAUAAAACUAAGUUACUUUGUUCUAAAUUCAAACAAAUGCUGGGCAACACAUUAAGGCACAUUGAGGAGAAUUUUGAUUUAAUGUGGUCCUGGGUGAUGUACUGGCAAGAAAUUGUGAAUAAGCUAUAUGUAGAAAUAUGAACUAUAUUUCUAAUUAGACAAGAAAACAGAGCCUUUCCUGCCAACCUUUGCUGGUCUGAUGUAUGUAUUGUUUCAUUGAUUUUUUUUUUCUAAAUUGAACUUUUUGUGUGCUUUUUUUCACGUACUUUGUGUGGUAUGUGCAGUGGUUUGCUGCAAUAUUCAAAAUACUGCAGUGGAAAAUGUAUCGCACUGCAUACUUGGGGAGGCCCGUUUCAGAAUAAAACCCUCAAAUAAGUUC